AGGGACGCGAGGCGGUAUAGAGGCGAGCUGUUAGCAGUGUGAGGAGGCUCAGUGUUGUGCACAUACAUGCCGUCUAUACAUAGCAGUGUACACUCAGGACUGCUCCUGGCCGGAUCUAUAUGAGCGGAGCCUUCUCUCUUCUCUUCUCCUCCCAGUCCUCCUCUCUAAUAAAGUCCCAGAGACACACCAUGGCUGGCCGUGGCCGGAGGGGCCAGUAAGAGUCCCGUUCUUGGAUGCCCCCAGCACCCUCAGCCAGCAUGGUUCAGCAGAGCGGUACCGCCGAGAACACCGAGGCAUUAUUGGCCGGAGAGAGCUCGGAGUCCGGCGCCGGCCUGGAGCUGGACAUGGCUUCGUCCCCUACCCCGGGCUCCACCGCUUCUACCGGGGGGAAAGCUGACGACCCGAGCUGGUGUAAGACCCCGAGCGGGCACAUCAAGCGGCCGAUGAACGCCUUCAUGGUGUGGUCACAGAUCGAGCGGAGGAAGAUCAUGGAGCAAUCCCCGGACAUGCACAAUGCUGAGAUCUCUAAGCGGCUGGGGAAGAGAUGGAAGCAGCUAAAAGACACUGAUAAGAUCCCUUUCAUCAGGGAGGCCGAGCGGCUGCGCCUCAAGCACAUGGCCGACUACCCGGACUACAAGUACCGACCCCGGAAAAAGGUGAAGGCCAGCGGCGGCGGCGGGGGGAGCGGCAGCGGAGGGGGCAGCAGCGGCUCCAAGGCCGGCGGAGGUGGGGGGGACAAGGGCUGCGGGAGCCCGAAGCCUGCGGUGAAGAAGAGCGGAGCAGGAGGUGGUGCUGGGGGCACCAAGCUGUGCAGCAAGCCCAAGCUUCUCUUAGGGGGGAAAGCUGUGCCCGAGCAACCGUGUGUCCUGGACCAUCAUUCCCUAUACAAGUCUCGGACUCCCGCCACUAAUAAGAAGCCCAAACCUCGCUUGUAUAUCUUCUCCUCACCUAUGGCCGUCCCCGCCAGUCCUACACUAAGCACUGAGGCCACUGACCCCCUGAGCCUGUAUGAGGACGGAGCCGGCUCCCUCAAUACUUCCCCGGGAUCCCCUCACUCCUCCUCAGCCUCCUCCUCUCCCGCCUCUUCCUCCUCCUCAGCCUCCUCCUCAUCUUCAUCUUCCCCGGCUUCCUCCUCAGACGAAGAGCUGGAAGACGAGUUCCUGGAGCUCAACCCUAGCCCCGGCUUCGACAGCAUGGCCCUGGGCGGCUUCAGCACCUCGGCCCUGGACAGGGACCUGGACUUUAACCUGGAGGCCGGCUCGGGCUCUCACUUCGACUUCCCGGACUACUGUACCCCGGAGGUGAGCGAGAUGAUCUCCGGGGAUUGGCUGGAGUCCAGCAUCUCCAACCUGGUGUUCACCUACUGAGCCGACACUCUGUUUCUUAUAUAUAGAAUCUAAUAGGAGGAGGGGGUGGUUUUCCCGCCUGUCCGCCCGCCAGCCUGUCAGCCCGCACAGCACACAGGUCACGGGCUCCUCUGGAGGGACGUGUGCCCCGCUCUGCCUCACUCUCCAUUCCUGCAGCCCGGAUAGCUCAGUCGGUAGAGAAAGACUUAGAAAAGCUUUGAGGGGGCUCAUGGGUUCAAAUCCCCGCUGGGGCAACUGAAAAAUGAAAAUUCAAAAAGAUGCUCCUUUUUUAAAAACAGUGAAGAAGGCACUUAUGGGGGGCUGCACACAGCGACAAGUUCUCAGAGAUGGUGGGGGGUGUGAGAGAGAGAGCUCACCCCCCCUUUUAUUUCCAAAAGCCAGUGCAGCUUUUUUUACCUUCCAAAAAGGAGAGGAGAAGGAAGGAGCACAAAGAGAAAAAAAAAACUGAUACCUUUUUAUUAUAAAGGGGGGGCCACCAGACCCCCACAGAUCACUUUCCUUGGAUGCGGGAAGCGUUGUACCUUUUUAUUCUUUUUUUUUGUAGUCGUUACGAGACUGUAAUGGAUUUGCACGUUCGGAGAAGGAUAUGCCACCCCUUUGGGGGUUUUUUUUUCUGUGUUUUUUUUUUUUUGAUCAUCCAAGAAGAAAAUUGACUUUUUUUUCUUAAGGACACUACUUUGGGAAGUAAGACAGCUCUUUUUUUUUUUUUUUUAACUUCACCAAGUUACAUAUUUAUGUGGUACCUGGGGGCGGGGGGGUGGUAAAAAUAGGGCGAUUUUCUUUCGCUCAGAAUGGCGGUGGUGUUGGAUUCUUUCACUGGUGGGUUAAUAUAGCAUGUUAUUCUGUCUUAUCUUUUUUAAGGUUUCUGUAAGACUGUUGAACAGUUUUUAGUGUUAGGAUAAUAUAAAGCAGAUAGAUGGCGCUAUGUUUGAUUCCUAAGAAAAUCACCAGCUUUUUUUUUUUUUUUUUCCUUUCCUUUUUUUUUUUUUAACUCUUCAAGGAUUCAAACGCAACUCAAAUCUGUGCUGGACUAAACAAAAUAAUUCAGGACCAAAUUUUUUCUCAGAGUAUGUAUGUUUUAUUUACUCAAUAGAUGUAAAUGGAAAGACUGUUUUUGUUUUUUUUUGGGUUCCCUUUCUCAUUGGUGAUCCAUAAAGCCCCCCCCCUCUACCCCUUCACCCCCUUUUGUAAAUGUAAUCAGAUAUCAUUUUAUAUGUGGACAUAUUUAUACUGGCCAAACCUUUUUUUUUUUUACCUUUUUAUUUUAGAUAUAUAUAUAUAUAUAUAUUUUUUUUUUAGUAGAUCUCCCCCUCCCAUUUCCCUAAAUCCACACCGUUUUUUAUGUCUCCUUCACUGAAGGGCUAGAGUUUUAACUUUUAAUUUUUUAUAUUUAAAUGUAGACUUUUGACACUUUUAAAAAAAACAAAAAAGAAAGAAGAGAGAUGAAAACGUUUGAUUAUUUUCUCAGUGUAUUUUUGUAAAAAAUAUAUAAAGGGGGUGUUUUAACCGGUGUCAAUUGCAGUUCUGACUUUUUCCUGACACAACUACAAACAGGGAGGCUGGUUGAUAUCUCAAAAAAAAAAAUAAUAAUAAUAAAAAUAAAAACAGUGAAACCAGCCUAUUUACUCCAUGUUUACACACUUCAAUCUGCAGGCUUCUUAAAGUCACAGCAUCCCUUCCAGCCUAGUGCACUUGCACCUCCAGAGUAUUGCUAAUACACUGUAUGUCGGUUGAAAACUAAAAAAAAAAAUCCUCGGUAUUAAUGAUCAUGUGUAGUAUUUAUAUAGCUCUUUAUAUCUGUACUUUUUAUUUUUUACUUUAUGGUAUUGUGCAGCCACCUCCAUAGUGGAAUAUUGGCAGCACGUUUCGUUGGGCACUGUUAAAACUUGGAGGAGAAGAAAGGAGCAAUGUUAUUUGCCUGUUUCCAGUAGGUAAACGCAGGGGUAGAACAUUGGGCCACCCACUUUAUUUUUUUUUUAUUCUAAUGCUACGCCAAUCUCCUGUAUUAUUAUCAGAUGCUUGCUUUUUGUAGCCCUUUUACUGCUGGGGAGUACAUAUUGUAGAUGUCCCUUUUUAGCUCCAAUGGGUUAACUAAGCUAGUCUGUAUUCAGAUGCUUUAAAAGCAACCAGUGCACAUUGUAAGCAAAAAAAAAAAAAAAAAAAAGGGAUCCUGUAGCUUUAACUUCUAGACCACGUUUUUUGCACUUUUUUAUAUUACAAAAAAAAAAAACCGUGCCGUUUAAACCACUGGACCUAUCUAAAUGCCGAUUUGAGUUCGCGACACUAUGUACUGCGUUUUUCAUUCUCGUAUUUGACUAUUUAAUCCUUUAUACUUGUCGCUAAACUAUGAUUGUUUUAGUCUCUUUUGGCAUGAUGAUAGCAUAUGUAUUCAGGUUUCUAGCUAUUGUGUUUUAAGAAAAAAAAAGAAAGUGAAACAUCUUUGUACAUUUAAGUCUAUUAUAAUAAGAAAAAAAAAAAAGACAAAAAAAAAAAAAAGAUUGUGUGUUUAUGUAUGUAUUAAACGACAGGCACUAGAACUUCUGCCGAAUGAGGUAGCUUCUGUUUUUAACAUAAUUUUUUUAAAACAACUUUUUUGUAAUCCAUCCUGUGCAAUAUGCCGUAUGAAAUAAUUUUUGUCUUAACCAUCAAAAGCCACAAAACAAAAAGAUUUGAGGCAAUAUCUUCAUGCCAGCUAACCAUGUUUUAUUUCACUGCCUGUCAGAUUGUUGAUAUACUUCUGUAAAUAAACUUUUUUUUAAAGGAAAUAAAAUCAGCUGGAACUGAACCCUUAAAUUUU